UCAGUUUAGAUUAUAAUUUCGUAUUUUAUCUAUUACUAAUACAACUAGAUUUUACUUAUUAUGUCGUGUUUAACUCUGUCAAUAUGUAUAAUGGCCUAAACAGUCAGUUUGCAAAUGCAAAAGAAAAAUUAAACACACUGAAAGAAGAUCCUGGUAAUGAGGUCAAACUCAGACUGUACAGCUUGUACAAACAGGCUACAAUUGGAACAUGUACUGGAAAAAAACCAUCAGCUUUUGAUUUUAUGGCUAAGGCUAAGUGGGAAGCUUGGAACUCUGUAAGAUCAUUGUCUAAGUGGCUGCACAGGUUACAAGAUGAACAUCUCGAAACCUUGCACAUUCACGUAAUCAAAGGAAGAAUGGUGAUUGAUGAUGACUUGAUGAAGAAUAUCAAAGUUCCAAUCAUGGAUGAUGCUAAAAAGGAAUACAUAAAGCUUGUAGAAAACCUGGUGGAAAAAGAAGGUCAUGUGUCAACUGGCAGUGGGAAACAAAGCUUGUCUAACUCAGGGCAAUAUGAUGGCCUUUUAGUGUCAACAUGUGAUGGAAUAACUACAGUUAAGUUCAAUCGUCCAAUAAAGAAAAAUGCCUUGACUACUCAGAUGUACCGAGACAUUGCUCAGAUUCUUUCAGACUCUGCUAGAGAUUCAAAUUCAAUGAUAACAUUGUUUACAGGUACUGGUGACUCUUAUUGUAGUGGCAAUGAUUUAGGAAACUUUAGCUUACCCUCUGAUGCUGACAUUGCUCAGCUGGCCAAAAAUGCCAGUGCCUUACUAAGAGACUUUGUAGAUGCUUUCAUCGAUUUUCCUAAGCCAUUAGUUGCAGCUGUAAAUGGACCUGCAACUGGCAUAUCUGUGACAUUACUUGGACUGUUUGAUGUAGUAUAUGCUUCAGACAAGGUAUAA